AUGUCAUCGUCUGAGAGAUAUGGCGAACGACUACAGAUUCAUGGUGGAGGAUUUUACCAAUAUGUGGUUUCGAAAAGGGAGCGAUGCCUCAGCUGUGGAAGACUGGCAGAGAUGCUGCCGCUGUCAAAAAAGGCAGCCCAGAAUGGCUGGAUGCAGCUUGAGGACAGCAAAAAGGAAGAGAAGGUUACCGUCGGUCUGUUCAGCGGUGUCCAGGACACUAAUGGCACCAAUGAGCGUAGGCAUAUUGUGGAGGUGGCCAGGGCAUUCACAGAAUUGGAGACCUGCGGUCUGCUCCCAAUCAACUCAGGAUCACGCAUGCACAUUGAACUGCGAGGCGAUGACUCCAUCAUAAUAUCACCGAGCGCCCUGGAUUCAGCUCUCUUGUUCACAGUAUUUUGUGCAAGCGGCAGGCCUAUGGAGGCAGUCCAACAGGAGACCUGGUCUGACAAAUGCGAGUGUCUACGGAACAAAGUCACAGCCUUUGGUUGUCAGGGCUAUUUGAACCGAAAUGUUGGCACGUUGAUAUCAGCUCCUUUUGAGAACUCCAAUCGUCACGACGUUGUAGGCAGGCUAGAGGCCAUAUGUCAGCAGAUCGCAACUAUCCAUAGGAGAGGGGCCAAUACUAGAAACUGCCGGGCGUUACAGCGGUUAAUGGUGGCAUACUGGGGCUGCUACAAAUCAGACCCCGAACUUGAAGGCCCAAGUGGCAACCGCACGCUCACGCUACAAGUGGAGGUUUUGUGUGGAGCUAGAGGGGAUGGCGGUUUAGACUGCAAUCUCCUGGAUGGCGGUUUAGACUGCAAUCUCCUACCGGGCAUUCAAAUACGCCUGAGGAGCAAGCUUCCACCUGCACCCAGACUGAACCGCGCACCUACCCGAGUUACACGAGAUACGGUGGCACGUGGUGCCGCAGAUCUGGCUGGUCGAUUAAUCGGCACAUUGGGUGAUGUGAUGGACUGUACGGAAAUCCGCAGCACGCUAGCCUCUGAAAUACACACACAAGUGACUGAGGGAUCUGCUCUACCUGCCGAGCUGGCCGCUGCCCAUCGGCAAUAUGAGGUGAAAUUCGCCGACUGGGCUGCCGCACUUGACAUUGAAGAAUGUUGGCCUGCGUGGGAAAUGAGAUUCCUGACUAUGGACUAUGAGUGGCGAGACAACAAUGAGUGCCGGUCGAAUAGUUAUUGGCUGGUUCCUCAGAAAUCUUGGGCAACCUACUAUCGUAGGUUCCGUAUCCCCGAACGCCGAAAUGGGUGGAUACCUCAGGCCAACAAUGUCUGGGUGACCUUCAAGAAGGAAGUAUAUUUGAACAAGCUGGCUAAUGGCCAAUCGGGAGCCAAGUUAGCUUUCGGGGUGGUCAACCCAGACGUAUUUUCAUUGGAUGUGCGAAGCACGGAUGGCUGGCGCUAUUAUGUCAUUCAUAGAGGCAGCACUCUAGGCCCAACUAUGGUUUCUAGCCUGAUGAAUGCACUGGAUAUCAUUGGAGAGUCACAGAUGCUGCUGAAACUCCGCAGUCAGGCAGCACACGCAUUGACCGAGUGGGCGGAUUACAUCAGCCCUCAGGUUCAGGCAUGCUUAGAUUUUCCGGAGCAAGCUCAGAACUUGCUGAUUUGGGGAGACCCGAUUGGAGAUAGCUUGGCCAAAUACCGCCGCACCAUUGAACACCUAGCGGCCAUAAAUAAAGUGUCUGUCUUUGAGACAUUGGAGGUGUGGUCGCUGGCAGCGGGGCGAAGAGCAGGAGAGCAAGCACACCAUGCACUACGAACUGUGGAUGACCCGAAUGCGUGGCGAGCAAUCUUUGAGGACAACAAGGUCUUAGUUCCUCUGAGUUGCGCCACUCUUGCCGGACCCCUAUUGGGCAGCCUGGUCAGGAAAUGCAUGGGAGAUUCCGUAAUUCGUGCGGGCAUCACCUUCGGGCUGCCAACAGCGGCUAAGGCACUUGAAGAGAGCGAGACAGCCUUCAUUUUAGUCCGCAUCAAUACUAUUCUUCUUGGCGAUUUUAACCUCCAUGUUGACUGGAGCUUCCUUAGUGGGUUGAACUCAACCUUGCACCUCUCUUGCCCUCCCAGUCCCUGA